CCAGAUCUAAAAAUAGAACCAAUGUGCUCAAACGAAUGUCGCUCUCGAAGCUGACAGGGCGUCGCAGCAGUGAGAGUGCUCUCUCACCCAGUCUUGGAGGAUCACAGCACUUCCGAACCAAGAUAGUACUGGGCAACCUCAGGGUGGUACAUCGCAACAAACUAGAACUCAUCCGUACGCACUGUCAACAGUCUGCGGUCGAUCUGCGCUGCCGCAUCAACGCCGCUGCUGAUGUACUACAGGAGGUACUCACACAGA